AGAAGUGGGAUCAUCAUGUGAGCUGUGUGGGGAAGAACGGAUUCUGGUGCAAUACGCUUCCAGUGCUUCUUCUCCGAUGCCAUGCGACCCAUCUGGCCACUGGAGCCCCCGAGGAGCUGAAGGACACCCAGAUGUAGAACAGCCCUGUAAACCUGACGUACGGACGUGGACUCCCAAUUCUGCGGUCAUUAAGCAAACAGUCCCACCGGCCUGCCCUGAGCCUCAAGGAUGCUACCUUGAGCUCCAGUUCCAAUAUCCGGUCAUCCCAGAAUCUCUGACCAUCUGGGUGACUUACGUUUCCCCCGAGUGGGACUCCAAAGAAGCCAUAAACGACAUCAAAUUGUUGAUGGUCGGUGGAGAAAACAUUUCGCUUGGGCCUCAGAACUUCUUCUGUGACAUCCCCAUGACUAUCCGGCUGGAUAUGGAAAAGAUGAAGGACGAAGUCCGGGGCAUACAGAUCUACACCUUGGACGAACAACUGGAAAUCGAUGCUGCUAUGAUCACUUCGGUCCCGCAAAGCUCACAGUGUAAAAAGUGCCAGCCCAUCCACUACAAGGUCUCCCGGGAUCCCCCAUUUCAGAAAGGACCUUCAUUUCUCAUCUCGGACCUCAGCCGGAUAUUUGUAGACAC